AUGGAUCCUGAGGGGGCUGAUGCAAAUGCCAAAGGUUGCCCCGUAGGGGGGAUUCAUGUCGAAUGGGAGCGCGCUGAUGCUGUGCGCAAUCAUCUCCGAGAAGAAGGUGCUGUUCUUUUUGCGGAGGGGGUUGCGGAGAGCGUCAAGAACGCAGUGAAGCCGCACAUCCAUGCCUACUUGAUCCCUUUGCUCACGAGGAUGGCUGAACAUGAUUCCAGGCCACAGCCACUUGUGGACCCCUUGCGGGAUGAGUUGUCGUUGCUGUACAAGAACAUUUCCAAGCAAUGUGACGAGACCACGAUUGUGCAUGAUUCGUGGUUGACUAGAAAAUUCCUGGGCAUGAUCAAAAUGAAGGAUCGUGCGUUCCAAGAGCUGUGCUUGAUUCUGAACCCAAUGCUUCAGGACCUCUGCGACGAGAUCAACCGAAAGACUGAAGAAAAGAAAGCUCGCCACAGCAAGGAUAGCUUGGAAGAUCACGAUGAUGACUACGACGACUCCCCGGAAGCCAUGGAAGCCAAUGAAGGAUCCCCAGAACAGCGAGAGGAAGAACCAACCCCAGAGGUUCUUCAAUCGCAGCUUUUGGAAAUCCCAGACAGCCAGGUGCCACCACCGGCCCUCCCAGCUGCUUCUCCUGUCCCAGCUGAAGUAGAGGUUUCCUCUGCUCCUCCGGCUGCCGCUGCAGUUGAUGGAAGUGAUCAGGGCCAAGAGGGCAAGCCAGGCAACAAAGGAAGCCAGCACACCCUCUACUACGACAGAGCCGAUCCAGUUGCCAAAGAACCAGAAGCCUGUCCUGCUGAGCCAGCUUCAGCUGCACAAGCUGAACCUGCAGAGGAAGUUGAUGUCGGCCGUGGUAUGGAGGAGGAAGAUGCCGAGGAUGAGUUUGUUACCAGGAAUGACCAGCUCACAGCCAAGCACCAAAAGAAAGCUGACAACAAAGCAGGAAAGGGAAAAGGAAGGGGUCGAGGAAGGAGCCGAGGCAAAGGUGAAGGCAAGAAACGCAAAGGAGGAAAGGCCAAGAAUACGGAUGAGGAAGGAUACUCAACCAAGAAAACAAAAGAAACAAAGGUCAGAAAGUCAAGGAAGAGAAACAUGCUGUCAGCUGGCAGCUCGCCAGGGCCAAGCACAAGCAAGAAAAGCAAACGCAAUGAUGCGAAGUCUCAGGAUUCCCAGGUGCCCAAGGCAACUCCCAAGGGUAAGGCCAAAACAGCCAAGGCAAAAGCAGAGGCAAAAUCCAAGAGCAAGCCAGCCCCAAAGAAAGGUCGUGAGGCAGGUGCUAAGUCAAAGGCAUCUCCCAAAGCCAAGGCUAAGGGAAAAGCAAAGGCCCAGCCCCGUAGCCGCAGCAAAAAAACAGGGCCCCACCUGAUGGAAAGCGCAUUGCACGAUGAUUCCCUUGUCAAGUCACUGAUGGACCAUGCCCGUCAGUUCGGGCCCGAGUUGGAACAUGAUACCGCAGCUUUGAAAGAAGCAGUAAAGGCUGUGCGUGUGCAGUUGGAAUGGGCAAAGCUCAUGCCCUACUGGAACCGCGGUGACUGUGGAUUGAAAGUUUGGGAUGAAGAGACUGAGUCCUUCAAAGGAAGGGAUACUUUUUCCUUCCACGGCUCAAGUGCCCCCAAUCGCUACAAGCUAGCCGUGGCAGUGCGCUGUGCUGAGAUUGCCGCUGAGGGAAUUGAUGCAAUGGCUGAAGGGUUCGAGAAGGAUGGGGAACAGAUCAGAAUCCUCAAGCACAAUGCGCAGCUCGCUUUGUUCUUCUUUGCCAACGGCAUGGGCGAAGACGAGCCGUUCCAGGAUUCCGAUGAGAAUGGUGGCAAGAGUUGCGAAAAAGUGGUGGUGGUGGUUGGGUCAUUGAUCAAUCCCUAUAUGCCUUGUGCCUUGCGACUGGUAGUGGAUGCCCAGCCUGUGCAGAAACGUUUUCCGAGUGAGAUCCAAGUUUGCCAAGUAAUGGCCGCCAUCAUCCUCUGCGUCCUGUGGACCUCAACUUUUGACCAUGCCGAGGCCUCCUUUGAUGCUCUUCCAGAUGCUGGCUUUGACCUUGGGUACGCCAGACUCUGGGAGGCGUACGGCUAUAUUCGCCGUGGAAAACACCUGGCCAUUCCGGCCGAAUGGAAAGAGCUUUGCGCCACCUUUAAAGAGGGUGUUGACCAAGUUGCUUCCAGUGCCGAGCAACUUGAAGCUGAAGAACGUGAACUGGAGCAGCAGAUUGAGGAGAUGAUGAAGCUCAAGCAUGCCGACAUGUCAUCGAUUGGUGCUGCCCCAGAACAGGCUCCUGCGGAUUCCAAGCCUGGUGGAGAUUGUACGCCCUCUGUGCUCGAAGUUGCAGCCUCACCCACUGCGGAAACUCAGGCAACAGCAGAUGAACUUCAAGCGAUGAGGGAGCAAUCCACUGCCCCGCCUCCCUUGGAUGAUGGCACCACUGAUGAGCUGCCCUCGGCCAAGGUUGACAAGCAGUCGAUGGCCCCACCGGCGCCCAAGCGUGAGAAACUGAAGACGCGACAGGAGAAACUCCGAGAAGCAGCGAAAGCCAGGCUGCGUCGAAUGAUGCAACAUCACAAGACUAAGGUUGCAUACAACGUGCCAGAAUGGGUUAAGGAGGAGUUCAUUUGCCAGCUGGAGAUUGUGGUCACCAAAAAGAAGGCAAUGACCAUUCGGGUUGACGAGAUCUGGGCAUCGGAAAAGGAGAUGAAAGAGGACUUGAAGUGGUCCCCGGCACGCAUUGCGGGUGCGAAGAAGGAUUGCGAAGCCAAGGGUGCCACACACUGCAGGAAGAACAUGUACGACAAUGUGGAUGAGUACUACGUGAUCGUCAAGGAGACAGGGUCCCGCGAGGAACAAGCCACCCAGGAGGAAAUCCAAAGGAAGAUUGGCAAAGCCAGCGACACGCCCAAGAUUGAUGAUGACGGCUUUGCUGGCAUCGAUGCCAGACAGGCUCAGGUCGACGCUAGCAAAGCUGCUGCCGCACGCCCACAGGGAACACCUCAGCUCGCUCAGGAAAUGGAGGUGUAUGUCGCCACUUUGGAAGCUGCCUUGAAGAACUUGGAUGAACAGUAUGACAAGUGCCAUGCGGCAUUUUCGAAUGGAGAGGUCCAUGCGUUCAAGGGUGAGUGCAGCAAAGCAUGCGCUGCGGAGAUGAAGAUCAGGAACGCGAAGAAAUAUGAGAAGCGCGAUGAGAAGCCCAAGGAGGAUGAGGGGCCCCGAAAGCCACGUCGUCGUCGUGGGGAACAGAAGGUUGAGCCAGUUGAGGUGCCGGGCAAGCUCUUCGCAUCGUUGCUGGAGACAUUGGCGAAGGUAAACAGAGCUGCAGAAAUGUUCGAGCUGGCGGAGACAGCAUCGAUACGCGCCACAUCAUGUGCGGCCGCCAUUAGGCAAGCGAGAGGUGUGGUAGCUGAUAUUGGGGAGGAAGCAGCCAAGAAAAGUCCUGGUCUUCCCGAAUUAGCCCGCUGCCAGCAGUCUACGUCAGAACGUGAUGUCCGAAGAGUUGUUGUGAAAUACCACCUGUCGGUUCCAAUUCCACUGACCCAAUUGCGGAAAACCCCGGGGACAAUGUACCAGGGGGAGAUCAAUGUGCUGAGCCUCAAAGAUUGGAUCACUUACAUUGUUCAGAACAACGUUUGGCACCUACUGGUAGGCCUCAUGAAAGCUGAUGCCAUUCGAGAACGCAAAAUCUUGGUAGAGUUCUGGCGACGCUAUAGACAGCUGCGGCCUACGCACCCAAUUUUUGAAAUGUCUGAUGCUGGGAAGGUGGACUUAUCCCGCUGUGCACCAUGUGUGGUGCAUGGCGACGAAGGACGAGGCAGGAAGAAAACUGGAUUCCUCGUCAUAUCCUAUUACAGCUACAUAGGAUUUGGAACUUCUCAAGCAAACCAAGCGAGGAAAAACAAAGAGUACUUGCGGAUGAGGCUGAACUACGGGGGCAGUUCUCUUCUUCACCGUCUCUUGACGGCUGUACUUCCAAAGAUGUUGAAAGAUGAUGUUGCUCUGAAUGACAUACUCCAGUUCAUUGGGGAAGAUGCCAGAGGCAUGCUUUUGGAAGGUGUGAAAAAUGCUCAAGGUGACACCUUCCGAGCCUGCAUCCUGCAGUGCUGUGGACAUUGGCAAUGGUUGAUCAAGGCAGGUCAUUUGGUGCGUUCCUACUUGAACGUUGAAAAGCGUCCCAAAAAGGAGGGCGCAAACCCCAAAGGUGUUUGUCACCUUUGUGCUGCUGGGCAGACUGGCGUGUUUUGGGAACGCUACCGUGGGCUGCGACAACCUCUUUGGUUUCCUACCAUGCUUAGCCAAGACCCAUUUGGCAGUCAAUCAGGUUUGAAUCGAAUCCCCUUUUUGCCAAACCAGCAGCCGCUCUUCUACACAUUCGAUUUGUUUCAUUCUUGGCACCUCGGUGUCGGGAAGUCGCUGGUGGCAGGAUGCCUAGCAAUGGCGAGCGAGUAUAUGUGGGCUUCGAAUGUCGAUGACCGACUGGAGCAACUAUCAGGUCUUUUCAUGACUUGGUGUGCUGAAAACCAUGAAUGGGCUUUUUUGAAUUCCUUGACGCGACCAGUUCUGGGCUGGAUGGACAAAGGCCAAUACCCCAACGGGUAUUGGUCAAAGGGGCACACAACCACAACCCUUUGCACAUUUUUUGAGUCGUGGGCUCGCCACCAAGAUUUCUCAGGUGAUACCCUCAUGCAGCUUUCUGUGGAAACUUGCCAGAAGAUGAGCAAAGCCAUGCGUAUCAUGUACGAGUCCGACGUGUUUCUCCCAAGGCAUGCGGCUGGAGAAGUCGCAGCCCUUGGCUUGAUGACCAUGGAGUGGUACAAAAAGAUUGCCACCCAAGCCUUCCGGGAGGGUAAGGCACUGUUCCCACAUAUGCCAAAAGGACAUAGCAUUGAUCAUAUCUUCCACCAACUGCAGAUGGAUGUUGAGUCUGGAGCGGAGUUCUGCCUCAAUCCGCUGAACCAUUCGGUUCAGGUCUCAGAAGAUUUCGUUGGCAGGAACGCCGCGAAACAAAUGAAGCAUGGCACCUCUGGCUUGACCGCCACCCUGGCCAACAUGGUGGCCGCCAAGCGGACUGCCGCGCUUGACCAUUGGCGUGCCCGUAUGCGAGACAUGCAGUGUGCAGCCCGCUGGGUCCGGCACAGCGAUCUGCCUUCCCCUUGUUUCCUUAACAGCGAUGGCUCCCCUGCCAUGAACCCCAAAGAGCAAGGUCAUGCCAUUUCUAGGGAGCGGAUGCCUCGCUGGACAGAGUCCCCAGAGGCUGCCUUGCCUGCCCAGCUGAAUCAGGCUCAAGUAUUUGCUGCAUCCUUAGCAUCCGAGGCAUGCCACUCCCCAGUUCCUGGUCACAAGUCCGGCUGGUGUGCAUCCCCAAAGAAGACGGAGGUACCCGCGCAAUGCAGAGUAACUAGCAUCGAACUAACUGCGCGGUUCUCCAAUCUGGACCAAGAAGCCGCGAUGCAAGGCGGAUUCAUCAGUGGCUUUCUCUUCCGCAGCGUCAAGCUGCCUGUGGACUUGUUGCAGCUGCGUUUCUUACGAGCUCGCCAUGUGCAGGCGCGCGAUGUGCUGCGGGCCGCUGAACGCGAUGCAAAGCGGCUGUUCCAUGUGGACCUGGACCACGGCCGCAUCAGCGCCAAUCAAGGUCAUUCCAGUGCCCUCGCCGAGGUGCUGUCAGAUGAGGCCUUUCUGGCGCCGAUUGAGCGGGCAGAGGAGUUGCCAGUUUGCAUCUCGUCUUGCACUUGUCCUCACCAGGUCUUGAGAGUUAGGUGCACGGUGGAAGCAGGUGCAAUUUAG